UGUUUGAGCAAUCCACAACAGUAGCUUUUGGGGCGUCGUUUUUGUCCCUUUUUAUGCUCUGAAUAGGUUAUUUUGGCUCUAGUGAAGUGAUCGGUGGCCGUCCUUUGAUGGGAAUUACCGGCAGGAUGAUUCCUACCGAGGAUGCAUCAGCCAGGAAGAGAGAGAUAGAGGAGAAACUGAAGCAGGAGCAGGAGACUCUUUCAUUCAUUAGAGAAAACCUGGAGAAGAGUGAUCAGCUGACCAAGGGCAUGGUCUCCAUCCUGUCUUCGUUCGAGAGCCGCCUGAUGCAGCUGGAGAACUCCAUCAUCCCGGUUCACAAGCAGACGGAGAACCUGCAGCGGCUGCAGGAGAACGUGGACAAAACCCUGUCCUGCAUGGAUCACGUCAUCAGCUACUAUCACGUAGCCAAAGACACCGACAGGAUCAUUAGAGAGGGACCGACGGGCAGACUGGAUGAGUAUCUGGCUUGUAUUGCAAAGAUUCAGAAAGCUGUGGAAUACUUUCAAGACAACAACCCCGACAGCCCUGAACUCAACACAGUGAAAGCUCGCUUUGAGAAGGGCAAAGAGCUGCUGGAAGCCGAGUUCCGCAGCCUCCUGACCCGCUACAGCAAACCCGUUCCCCCCAUCCUCAUCCUGGACGCCAUCAGCAUGGAUGACGAGCUGGAGGUGCAGGAGGAGGUGGUGCUCGAACACCUGCCCGAAGCCGUCCUCCAGGACAUCAUCUGCAUCGCCGGCUGGCUGGUGGAAUAUGGACGCAACCAGGACUUCAUGAACGUCUACUACCAGAUCAGGUCCAACCAGCUGGAUCGCUCCAUCAAAGGCCUGAAGGAUCACUUCCGCAAAAACAGCGCCUCCUCUGGGAUCCUCUACUCGCCCGCCGUCCAAACCAAACGCAAGGACACGCCCACCAAAAAGGCUCCAAAGCGACCAGGGACCAUUCGCAAGGCUCAGAACCUUCUGAAACAGUACUCACAGCAUGGGCUGGAUGGGAAAAAGGGGGGCUCUAACCUCACUCCUUUGGAAGGUAACGCACCUCGGUCUUCUCUUUGGUGUCUUUCACGACCCCACGGUGGUUUGACUAGGCCUGUCUCCCCCCCCCUGCUGCCCCACCCUCACCCACCAGGUUACGAUCACGACCUGCGGGUCAAACACCUGUCUGACGCCCUGACCGAGAAGCACGGGGCCGCCGCAGGAAAGGACGACGUGCUGGACAUCGAGAUCGACUCCUACAUCCACUGUAUCAGUGCCUUCGUCAAGCUGGCCCAGAGCGAGUAUGUCCUCCUCACAGAAAUCAUCCCCGAGCACCACCAGAAGAAGACCUUUGACUCCCUCAUUCAGGAGGCGCUGGACAACCUGAUGCUGGAGGGCGACAACAUCGUGUCUGCAGCCCGCAGAGCCAUAAUGCGCCAUGACUACUCUGCCGUCCUCACCAUCUUCCCCAUCCUCAGACACCUGAAAAUGAACAAGUCUGAGUUUGAUUCAACACUACAGGGAACAGCAGCGAGCACCAAGAACAAACUGCCGACACUCAUCACCUCUAUGGAAACCAUUGGAGCCAAAGCUCUGGAGGAGUUUGCAGACAGUAUCAAGAACGACCCUGAUAAGGAGUACAACAUGCCCAAGGAUGGAACAGUCCACGAAUUGACCAGCAAUGCCAUCUUGUUCCUGCAGCAGCUGCUGGACUUCCACGAGACAGCUGGAGCCAUGCUGGCCUCACAAGAGAACAGCUCAUCGGCGAGCAGCUACACCUCCGAGUUCAACAAAAGGCUCCUCAGCACUUAUAUCUGUAAGGUGUUGGGGAACUUGCAGCUCAACCUGCUCAGCAAAUCCAAAGUGUAUGAGGAUUCAGCUCUGAGCGCCAUUUUCCUGCACAACAACUACAACUACAUCCUCAAGUCGCUGGAAAAGUCCGAGCUGAUCCAGCUGGUAACUGUGACCCAGAAGAAAGCCGAGACUUCGUACAGAGAGCUGAUAGAGCAGCAGAUCCAGAUGUACCGCAGCAGCUGGUUAAAAGUCACCGAGCACCUUACAGACAGGAACAUGCCCGUCUUCCAACCUGGCACCAAGCUGAAAGAUAAAGAGCGGCAAGUAAUCAAAGACAAAUUCAAGGGUUUUAACGACGGGUUGGAGGAGUUGUGUAAGAUCCAGAAGGGUUGGGCCAUCCCCGACAAAGAGCAGCGAGACUUCAUCCGCCAGGCUCAGAAGAAGGUGGUGUCUGACUCGUACCGGGCGUUCCUGCAGAGGUGUGCCAACAUCAAUUUCACCAAGAACCCUGAGAAGUAUCACAAGUAUCGACCGGAGGACAUAGAGGAGAUGAUUGAAAAGUUGUUCGAUACGUCUGCCUGAGCUCUGCACUUUUUAAUCAAACCCAAAACUCCUGCCCCCCCCCCCC